AUGAGUCAACUACCACUGCUCCCGCAACAGCAGCGUACAACAACGCGGUACGAGCCUUUUGCUGAACAGAAAUCAGGUUCUGUAUUCCGCCCAAAAUUGCCCGGUAUCGCCUGUAGUGACAAGACCUUGUCGUGCGAUGCUUUCUUGCUUCAGGGCAGGCAUGCGCCAUUGCACCGUGCUGCGAUAAUGGGUCUCUCGACAGGAUGUACGGAAAGGGCAACGUUUCAGCAAAGGUCGGUGAAGUCGUUACAACGCAGUUUACAUUGGCUCAUGUACGAAGAGACGCGGGAGCGUGCCCUAAUUGUAUCAACUUCACUCGCAAUGUCACCGGUGCAAUGCUAUAAUACGCGCACUAGCGCAGACGUUCUGCCUUCCUGGAGGUUUGCGCAUGAGCCGCCCAUCACUACUAGUGACGCGGAGUUGAUGAAAAUGGUGAAAAAUGCCUUUAGAAGGGUCUUGAAACGCACACAAGGUGAAACAACGUCACCGCAGCACCUUGAAGUGGAGGAAGCUGCCUGUCGUCAGCGCGACAUCGUUGAGCCGUGGUCUCGUCGCUGUAGAAAGUUAGAGAUAACCCAGGAGAUGCUGCAGGGCAAGCUGAUGAUUUGGAAGGAGUUUAUGCAGAGACUUGAGGUGUGGCGUCAGUUGAUUGAAGUUGUUCGAGAAGAGAAGGUGGCCAGAUUGUUCCUUCUCGGUCAAUAUGUAUCCUGCAGUACACCGCUGCCAUGCAAGUAUCUUCGUUGGGAUUUGGAGCUUCUCGAGGAAUCGGCAAUCCCCUUGGAGCCUGAAGUGAAUCUGGUCUGCCUCUUCGUAUCCAUUGUGAUUGGGGAAAACGCCUUUCUUCAGAACUCCUUGCUUGCUGAGCGAGAAGAAGGGUUGUCUGCCUUAAGUGGGCAGUAUAGACUUGGUUUUCUGGCCUUUGAGGGGAUUCAACACAUUCGAAGGGAUGAAGCAGAACGUUUUGAAAUGCUCAUGGGAUAUCACGCGUUCUGCAUGAAGCUAGCGAGUGAGGAAAGUAUCCAUGCCACAGUCAGGUUGUCUCAUCAUCCAAGAAGUAAGUCGCCAAGGGGGGCAUCUCGGAGAGUGAAGCGUUUUAGCCGACACUAUUUGGCGGAGUAUCGGGGAUCUCUUUUUAUUCCUUACUUUACAUAUGUACGUGUUGUGAAUAACUUUGGGGCGGAAAAGGGAGCGCGCGCGGAAAUUACUGCGUACGAGUUAGUGGAGUUUUGCUUACUUAUGUAUACAUAUGAGAGUCUCUGCCGACGCGUAAUUGUGUCGGAGGAGGAAGCGUUUAUGCAGAAGUUGGUGGGCGAUGUGGAGGCACAAGGGCGGCAGCUUAUAUGGCGGGCUGAAGCUGAGGCGUUGGCACAAGAUAUUCAGCCUGAUCAGUUUCGCAACCACUCUCACGCGCUAAUGCAAAUUCAACUAGAGGAACUUGGAUUGCAACUGCGACGCACACAGCUGCAAGUAAGUAUCCAGCUGCUCGUGGAAUAUGAACGGCUCCGUCGAGGAGAGGUCAUGUUGCUUGAGACGAAACUGCGAACCAUGGGUCGGCUGAUGUUUUACGGUCUCUACUGCAGAGGAAGGGACAAAUACGUGGUGCUGCGGUGGAUGCUUCAGCGUCAGCUGCACUUGCUAAUGCAGGAAGAGGAACGAUUACGACUGCGCAUCGUGAAUGACGAGGUAGAUGGUUUCUCUACUAUGGCCACCGCACACAGCUGGCUGGUGGAAUACGGCGACACGAUGCAUCAGGCAUCCCAGGAGCAGAAGCUACAACACGCAAGCUGUCACCUCAUGGCGGAACAUCAGCUGAUACGGGAGGGUAUCGUCUUACGGUGCCAGUGGGAACGUCAGGUUCUUUUUAAGGAGACACUGUGUGUUCCAGUAUGUACUACGCAGUCAAGGGCGAACACACCAUCCGGCCGUGACUGUCGUGAGGCUGUGAAACCAGACUUUGACAUUCGACAAGCCGUGAUUUGUGACCUUUCCAAGUUUCUCCAGGACGAGCUGCUUCUUACUGUAUUUGGUUCCGUCGCACCACAGUCUUUUUGCUCCGUUAUGUACACUACCACUAAUUGA